GACUCUCGAGAAGAUAGAGCAGCCAGUCUCUGUGAUAUUUAUCACCUGCGUAACGUCGCAAUGUUGUUUUGAAGUUGGAGUUGAGACUUGAGAGCCCGCCAAAGCACACCCCCAAGCACAGCGCUGAAAUCACCUAUUCUACCGGCUCUCGCUCUCUCCGCCUGUCUCGCCCAUCUCUUCCUUUUACGUUUCAAGAUGAGUACCAUGAAGUUUUGCCGGGAAUGCAACAACAUUCUCUACCCUAAGGAGGAUAAAGAGCAGAAGAUCCUCCUGUACGCGUGCCGGAACUGCGAUCAUCAGGAGGCUGCUGACAACAACUGUGUCUAUAGAAAUGAGAUACAUCACUCUGUUGGAGAGCGCACUCAAGUAUUACAGGAUGUUGCUGCAGAUCCAACUCUUCCCCGCACUAAAUCUGUUCGCUGUGCCGAAUGCAACCAUGGAGAAGCUGUCUUCUUCCAGGCAACUGCUAGAGGGGAGGAGGGUAUGACACUGUUUUUUGUCUGCUGCAACCCAAACUGUGGCCAUCGAUGGAGAGAUUAGAAUGAAACCAGGCUCAACUGCUUCCAAUUUAUGUGAAAUUGUCGAAGACUUGUGACGAUAGUAUGUCGUAAUGGAGUUUAGAAGACUUCCAUUAACAAAUGAGAACCUGUGGCUGUAUCAUCACACCCUUUUGGAUUGUGGGUAAAUAAUCCAAUUUUUAUACGA